AGUCGCUCGGAACGGAAGAGGAAGAAGCGGAAUUGGGGACGGUGGCGGCACGCCUGUUGGAGGCGGCAUUUCUUGUGUCAGGGAAAUACAGGCGGCGGUCCUAGACCACAGCCCUCCCUCCAGGCCGGGCCCCACCCGCGCGCCAGUCCUGGGAGAACGUCACACCCGGUGCUCGCCGCCCCUCGACCGCGGCCGCCUGCGCGUGCGCCGAAUGCGACCUGGCGCUUCCGCGGUCCAGCCAAGUGCAGUGCGCCGAGUCUCCCACCCGGUGGUGACUAGUGUCGAUGUUCCCUCCCCGCCAGAGACGGGGGUUGGGGACAGGCGGCGGGUAUCGCUGUUGGGAAUGAAGGAUGGCAGUACGCCGUGCAUUAAAAGCUGUUUUGGUAGAUCUCAAUGGCACACUUCAUAUUGAAGAUGCAGCUGUGCCAGGCGCACAGGAAGCUCUUAAAAGGUUACGCAGUUCUUCUGUAAUUGUUAGGUUUGUGACCAAUACAACCAAAGAGAGCAAGCAAGAUCUAUUGGAAAGGUUGAAAAAACUGGAGUUUGAUAUCUCUGAAGAUGAAAUAUUCACAUCUCUGACUGCAGCCAGAAGUUUAGUAGAGCAGAAGCAAGUCAGGCCCAUGCUGCUGGUUGAUGAUCGGGCAUUACCUGAUUUCAAAGGAGUACAAACAAGUGAUCCUAAUGCUGUGGUCAUAGGACUGGCACCAGAACAUUUUCAUUAUCAAAUUCUGAACCAAGCAUUCCGGUUACUCCUGGAUGGAGCGCCUCUGAUAGCGAUCCACAAAGCCAGGUAUUACAAGAGGAAAGAUGGCUUAGCCCUGGGGCCUGGACCAUUUGUGACUGCUUUGGAGUAUGCCACCGACACCAAUGCCAUUGUAGUGGGAAAACCAGAAAAGACGUUCUUUCUGGAAGCAUUGCGGGGCACUGGCUGUGAACCUGAGGAGGCUGUCAUGAUCGGAGAUGAUUGCAGGGAUGAUGUUGGCGGAGCUCAGAAUGUCGGCAUGCUGGGCAUUUUAGUAAAAACUGGGAAGUACCGAGCAGCAGAUGAAGAAAAAAUUAGUCCACCUCCCUACUUAACAUGUGAGAGCUUCCCUCAUGCCGUGGACCACAUUCUGCAGCAUCUCCUGUGAACCCUCGUGCAUGUGAAGCAACUUGACACGCAGCUUCCAUUGUCUGGAACGGAUCCCUUACCAACUCAGCACUGCAUCGCUGCUGCAUCAGUAGCCAGGAACCAUUCAGAGCUGAUUGUGCUUUAACCCUCUUUUAUUGUGCAUUAAUUAGGAAGAAAGGCAUUGAAUUGCAUCCAGCUACUAAGCCUUGCUAAUCCCUUUUGUUUUAUUUUGUAAAAGAAGAUGAGACCCAAAGAAAAGAGAAGCUGAGAUUUUUCUGCCAUUCCCUCUAAAAUAUUCAUCAGGUUCGCAGGGCUGGGAGAGAGAAGCUCCAGAGGGGAAUGAUGUUCUCUGCUGUCUCCUGCUGGAAACCGGGAGGGGGUUUCAGACUGAAUAAAGUUGAGUGGUGGUUUUUAAAUUAUAAAGUGAUGCGUUGAAAGGUGCAGUAGCCUGAUGUUUUAAAAUCGAGUUCAACUGUGAAACCUAACAGAAGAGCCAAGUGGAGUACAGGACAGAGGCAGCAAAACGAAUUGUCCUUCAGAUAUCUAGUGAAUUUACUUAACAGAUGUUGAAAACUAGAUUUUCUGCUGUAUUCCCAGCACGGGUGACUUCCUUUCUCUUCAUUAGCCAGAGAUGACUAAUUUAAAUUUAGAACCUGAUUUUAAUUUAAAAUAAUAUUUCCAUUAAUAACCUAUUCAUUGCAGAUACCUAUUAUACUGUGUAACAGUUGUUUUGGAAAUUUUAUGUAAAAUUAAAACUAUCAGUAUUUUACAGAUGUUUUAAUUAGACAUUGUUAUUAACAGGAACAGUGCAGAAACUAAAAUCAAGCCUUUAAUGUCUUAUAGACCAUGCAUUUUUGAAGUUAGUGUCCACCAGGGUCCUAUUAAAUGUACAUUUGCAAGAUUUCAUUAUUUUUGCCUCUGACACGAUGGGAAAAAUCUUUUAGAAGCUAUUGGGACAGAUUCAAGCUUUUAUGUACUUGGUUACUACAGCUGUAAAAUGAAAUCUCCUCUUGUAGCAUGGAUUAUUCUUCUCAUGUUAAACCCACCCAAAUGAAGGGGACUAAGUAGGUAAUGAUUUUCCUAGUGCAUUUGCAUACUGUGAUAAUCCUGGGCCUUUGCAAUUGUUUUACAGGGCUCUUGGGCAUUGAAUUAUUAGAAUGUAAUUGUACAUCAUUGUAGUGUUCACCUUAUUGAAGUGCACGCUGAUGUUAAUGAGCUUCGGGUUUUGAUGCUUGUUUAGAGAUCAGCUCGGUCUUGGAUGGGAGGGAGCAAAGCUAAAUAAACAGUAGUU